UUAAAAUUAACAAUAACAAUUAUAUUUGUUUUUGCCUUAAGAAGAUACUAGAAAGUACCAAGAAAAAUACUAGCAUGAUACCCAUAAGUAUUUCUAGUAAAACCAAUUCAUGCCAACCAUUCCAACCAUGUCAGCCACCCAAUAAAUAUUUUGGAUGGCAUUCUGUUGACACAAUGACACUGACUUCGGUUGUUGCCAUUGUACGCAUAGCAGAUUUGACCCAUGUUUAGUUUAAUCAAGUACGUACCGUGUCACUUAGCGUGCUACUUAAUCCCACUGAAAAUCCGCUCACGAAACGUCUCCAAUUAAUCUCUCUCAUCAGGUGACACCGACGCGCGCCGCGCCGCGCCGUGCCACGCCCGUUCGUCCAUGUCCUCGGCGGCGGUGGCGGCGGCGAAGCUCUGAUCCAUUGACUAGCUAGCUCGGCCAUGCGCGAGUCCGUCGAGGAAGCCGUCCACCACGCCGUCGUCGCUGUCGCCGCCGCGGCGGUCGUGGCGCUGGCCGUCGCGCUGUUCCUGCUCUGGCGCAACAAGCGCGUGGCGAGAGCGGGCGGUGGCGCCGGCGGUGGUGGUGGUGGUGGUGAUGGCGACGGUGGUGCGAUUGCGGUUGCGGUGGCGCCGUUGCCGGUGGUCCCGCUGGCCGACGUGGAGCGCGCCACCGACGGGUUCCACCCGAGCAGGGUGAUCGGGCAGGGGAGGCACUUCACCGUGUACGCGGCGGCGCCGGGGCUCGCCGCCAAGCGCAUGCGGCCGCACCUCGUGCUCGGGGAGCCCGGCGGGCGGCGGUUCCCCGCCGCGCUCCGGUCGCUCGCCGUGCCGCCGCACCCCAACCUCGCCGGCAUCGUCGGCCUCUCCGAGGGCCCCGGCGAGCGCGUCCUCAUCGUGGAGCGGGCGUCCGCCGGGUCGGUCGGCCUCGACGCCCUCCUCUACCACGGCGGCACCGACGCGCCGCUGCUGCCGUGGCCGGAGCGCGCCGCGGUCGCCGCGGGCGCGGCGCGGGGGCUGGUGCACCUGCACGCGCACGGCGUGGCGCACGGCCGCGUCAGGCCACGCAACGUGCUCGUCGACGCGGCCGCCGCGGCGCGUGGCCCCUGCGGCGUCAGGGUCAGCGACUACGGGCUGUCCACCUUCCUCCACAGCGACGACGGCGACGGCGACGACCACGGCCGCCUGGACGCCCGCGCGGAGAACGACGUCUACAUGUUCGGCGCGGUGCUCCUCCACCUCCUCACCGGCCGGCAAUGGGACGGCGGCCGGCUGGCGCACUGGGCGCUCCCGCUGAUACGCGCCGGCCCGCCGGCGCUGGCGGAGGUGCUCGACGAGCGCGCCGGCAAGCCGGCGGACAAGGCCGAGUCCCGCCUGCUCGCGCGGACGGCCAGGGUGGCGCUGGCGUGCGUGGCGAACGACGGGCGCAGCCGGCCGCGGAUGGCGGAGGUGUCCGCCAUCCUCGACGACGUGGAGGCGGCGUACCGGCGCCGCGGCAGGUCGCCGGAACACGACGUGGACGGCGGCGAGGAGCGGUUCAGUGGGUGCCUUCUCGCGCCGAGCCGGAGCGCGCACAGAUCGGAGACGCUGCUCCGGCUUCCCGUGUGAGAACAGUGAUGAUUAAUUGGAUUCUUUGGCGUGUCAAGUGAUCAUCAGCUCAUUAAUUAGCUAGGAAAUUCAUACUCUAGAGAUUAUAAAAUGUUCUUGUUUGGUAGAACAUGGGAUGAAUUUUGGAUAAUAUUUUCUCUCUUUUUUUUUUGCGUUAGUUUCUGUAUCUGUAUACAUUGUAGUACGGAGUAUUGUACUACGCAGACGUUGACUAGAAUGUACAGAGUACUGAGUGCUUUUAAUAUAUAGUGAUUAAAUUUCUGAAAA